CCUAUCGAACUAUCGACUAUGGAAAUUACAAAUUUGUUUGCGUUGAUCCCACUCACACACAAUACACAACCAACAAAUUCAAAACAAACAAAUGUGUGGUAGCCGAGUACAAAAUCAAAAAACAAAAUGCUGAAAGCACUCAAACCGGACACAUUCGCAGCCAGUGCGAAUGCUAGGUGCGGUGAAGUGUAUUUCCAGAGCCUAAACAGCUAUCGCAUCGACUGCGCCUUCUGUGACAUGAAGUGCUUUGUGUUUGCCGACUUUCUGCUGCACAUACAGAACGAGCACUUUGAACACGAGCUGCUCAAAACGGAGAAACUGCUAUUACCCACCAAACAGGAGCAGCUGGACGAUAGCUUGCCAACGCAAGCGCCACAAGUGAAUCCUUUUACCUGGUAUGAGGUAGCCAACGAUGAUGAGGGAUUGGCUCUAAAAAAGGAAGACAACGAGGAGGAGAAGGAUCCCGUUGAUGUGUCCAGCAAUGCCAUAAGCAUCAUGAAGUGGGAUACUAAAACUAAACGCAAUGGUCGCGAAUCUUUGCGUCACACACGCGCCUUAAAAGUCGACUACAACGAGGAGUCAGAACUGGAGCAGGAGCUGGAUGAGCGGCCUAACAAAGCGCAGCUGGACUGCGCGUAUUGUGACAAAAGCUAUCAAAGCCAUAAGCUGCUCGAACGUCACAUGGAGCGACAACACAAAAGCGAAGGGAACGAUGAUGAUGAUGAUGCUGGCGAUGCUGAUGCUGACUAUGAGCCACCACCACAGGUGACAUCCACAACGUGCCACAAAUGCGAACAUUGCGAUAAAGUCUAUCAGGGCAAAUACACUUUGCGUCAGCAUGUGAAGCGAGAUCAUGCCAUCAACGUGGCGGAAACGUUCAUCUGCCUGGAGUGCAAUGUCCAAUUGCCGCGUCUUCGGCUGCUCGACGAGCAUGUGGUCAAGAUGCAUGGCGGAGCACCGUGUGUGAUCUGCGGCCGUCGCUACAAGACACGGCAUGAACUGAAACGUCACCAGGUGAAGCACACAAACGAGCGGAAUGUGGCAUGCAAUCAUCCAGGGUGCGAGAAGCGUUUCCUAACCACACGGCACAUGCGCAAUCACAGCAAAGUGCACUCGGAGCAGAAGAAUUUCGUGUGCGAAAGCUGUGGCUAUAGUUGUCGCAACAAGGAAACGUUGCGCGUCCAUUUGCGGAGUCACACGGGAGAACGUCCGUUUGGCUGUAAAGUGUGCGAUAAGCGUUUCCCCUCGCAUUCGGGAUUGCGAGAACAUAUGGCCAUGCACUCGACGGAACGCCCGCAUGUCUGCAAGGUCUGUGGCGCCACAUUCUCGCGACAAAAGGGGCUGUAUCAUCAUAAGUUCUUGCAUACGGCAACGAAGCAAUUUGUGUGCAAGCUCUGUGGCAAUGCGUAUGCUCAGGCGGCGGGUCUGGCGGGGCACAUGCGCAAGCAUCGCGACGUUGAGCUCAAUGCUUAAUUGUUAUCAUGUUUAACAGCACGUAUCUUCCUUUCAAGUUUAAGCGUUUUGUCACUUUUGCUGCUUAUCUGCAAUGUAGUUUGUGCAUACAUACAUAAAUAUAUAAUGAUUCUAGUGUUUAAGAACUCAGGCAAUAGGUUAGACACCAAUUAAAUUACGUUUUACGUAUA